ACCUCAGGAAAUCAAACUGAGUAUAAUAAAAAUGAUAAAAAAAAGUCUACUACAAAUGCAUCACAAAUUUCGCCUGAUGGAGAUAGAGUAGAAUUUCAAAUACAAGGUCAUGAAGGUCCAAAAACAUAUAUUUUUGGAUUUGAUACUGGAAUCGGAAAAAACAGACAAUACAGAUUAGAGGAACGUUUCAAUGAUGGUACAGUGAAAGGUCAUUAUGGUUACUAUGAUGCUAGAGGAAAAUUACGGACUGUUAAAUAUAUUGCUAAACCUAUCGAAGGCUAUCAAGAGAAACAUCAUGAAACAAUUAUCCAAGGAGUUGACAAUUGAAUUUCAUUUACUCUAACAAACCUGAGAUUAAAACAUUUAUUAACAAUAACAAUUAGUGUAUAUAACAA